AUGAGCCGGAAAGCCUCCAGGUCUCGGCUCAGCGGUGCCCACAAACUGCAGCCACACCGGAAUGACUGGCAGCCCAGAGUUGAUAGUGUGUCAUUCAUCGAAGACGGAGUGAGGUCCAGAGAGCUCGGUUCAGCAGCACAUUCUGACACUUUGCCCUCCAGCUUGGCUGAGCAGCCAGUGGUGCCUAGCAAUGCCUAUGCUGCUACAGAUGCCCUCCAGGAAGAGGGUGGAUAUGAAGCUGAUCAAGGUGUCUGUGAUACUACUUUUGGUUGGAAGUCGCUGGGGCAAGAGUUGAGGCCAAAUGACGUGACAGCGGAUUUAAACUCUUUUCAGCAUGGAAACCGUGCUUUAGCUUCAAAGGACAUGAGAAAAUCGCAGGACAGAGGGAUGGCUCACUCAGAUGAGUCUCGGUUGGCCAACCUCCUGCGCAGAGUCUCAAGGGAAGAUGACCGUGAUCGGCGGUUGACCACCCUCAAGCAGUUGAAGGAAUUUAUCAGUCACAGCGAGAACAAAGUGAACUUGGUCAAACAGUUGGACACCAUCCUCAGCACUUUGAAUGAUAUUUUGAAUGAGAGUAGUAAGCUGCUUUGGGAGUUGCGUCAGGAUGCGGCAGCCUGCUUGGGUCUUCUCUGCACUGUGCUCAGCUACGAAGCGGAGCGCAUCUUCAAGUGGCUUUUCCUCAAGUUCGCUUCCUGCAGUCGUGACGAGGUGAAGCUGUUGUACCUUUUAGCAACACAGCGCGCUUUGGAGGCCGCCGGGGAACGAAAGACCUUUACUCAAGUCAUGCAGCAGGUGAUGAGCAAUCUGCAGUCCAUCUUGGAGAAUGUGGACACUCCGGAACUGCUUUGCCAAAGUGUCAAGUGUAUUCUACAAGUGGCCCGUUGCUACCCACAUGUCUUCAGCACCAAUUUCAGGGACACCGUGGAUAUCUUGGUUGGCUGGCACAUUGACCACACUCAGAAGCACUCACUCACUCAGCAGGUUUCAGCCUGGCUACAGAGUCUGGAGCAGUUUUGGGUGGCAGAUUUGACUUUUUCCACCACACUUCUGGGACAGUUCUUGGAGGACAUGGAAGCAUAUGCGGAGGAUCUGAGCCACGUCGUGUCAGGAGAGGUGGUGGAUGAAGACAUCCCACCUCCUGCAGUGUCUCUUCCAAAGCUGGCAGCUCUUUUGAGGGUGUUUAGUACAGUAGUUCGCAGCAUUGGAGAGCUUUUCAGCCCCAUUAGAGGACCACCCAUCACUGAGGUCUAUGUCACUGAUAUUCUUAACCGUGUUCUGGCAUGCGUGACCACUGCCAAGCAGGUCCAGUUCUCUGAGGCAGUCCUUACUGCGGGAAAUGAGUGUGUGGGUGUGUUGCUGGCCAGCAUGGAACCCUGUGGGCAACUAAUGGAGACAGUCUUGGCCUAUGGCUUGGACCAGUUGGACUGCUGUCAAAUUUGUGGUUCAGACUACAACUUGGCAGUACUCAGCCUUCUUACUCUGAUUGUGGAACAGAUCAACACAAAGCUGCCUGCUUCGUUUGUGGAGAAAUUGUUGGCCCCUGACUCACAGUUGCUGGAGUUGCGUUUCCAUCGAGAAAAAGAGGUGGUGUCAGGUGUACAUGGGGUGUACCAGGCACUUCUGAGUCUGAAAAAUAUUCCAACCCUGGAGGCCGCAUAUAAAUUGGUUUUAGGAGAGAUGGCUUGUGCCCUGUCCAAUAUUCUUGCGAUCCUGGAUCUGACGAGUGGGCCCCUGCCACCCGAUAGCCCUUGCUUCAGCAUCCAGCACGCUGCUUUCGCUUCGGUCACCCUUAACCCAGAGAAGGCACAGUUCAUCCUCAUCUUCAAUCUCAGCACUCUCACGACCAUCGGGAACACCAAGAAUUCACUAAUCGGGAUGUGGGCUUUGUCUCCCACGGUCUUUGCCUUGCUCAGUCACACACUUAUGCUGGUGCACUCUGAGUUAGCAGUCUUCUACCCUGCCAUCCAGUACGCUGUGCUUUACACACUCUAUUCCCACUGCACAAGACACGAUCAUUUCAUCUCAUCCAGUUUAUCGUCAUCUUCCCCAUCGCUGUUUGAUGGCGCGGUCAUCAGCACUGUCACGACAGCCACAAAGAAACAUUUCAGCACUCUGCUCAACCUUCUGGGAGGUCUGCUAGUGAAGGAACAUCUCUACCCUGAAGCCAGGAGGCUGCUGCUGACAUGGGCCCAAGAAAUCUCACUGCUGAUGAAAAAGUCAGACACCUACAGCCCGCUCUUCUCCUUGCCCUCUUUCAACAAGUUAUGCCGUGGCCUCCUGUCCAACGCCCUGAAUGAAGAUCAGAGUGUCUGCCUUCAGACCUGCAACAGCUUACUUAUCCUCUCCUCAUCUUUAUCUACGGAGCUUUUGCAGAGGUGUUUGGAUGUGUGCAGAGUCCAACUUGUCCACUCAGCUGUGAGGGUGAGGCAUGCCUAUGGCAAAUUGCUAAGGACAAUCCCCUUGGAUGUUUCUUUAAGUAACCACAGUCGCCCAGAAAUGACUCGGAUCUCAUUAGCCAUUCGCCACCAUAUGAGCCGAGCAGCGGGCAGUACCUUCCAUCCCCAGGACUUCAGUGAUCUCAUCAGCUUCAUCUUGUAUGGAGUGCUGCACCGCGGAGGGAAGGAUCAAUGGCUGGAGCGACUUUAUUACAGCUGCCAGCGCCUUGAGAAAAGGGAUGGUCGAGCUGGUGCUGAUGGAAUACGUCCUGGUGUUGUGCCCAGAGCCCUGUUAAAAACUGAAGUGGUGCUGUGGCAGUGGGCAGUGUGGGAAGCAGCACAGUUCACUGUACUGUCAAAACUCCGAACUCCACUCGGCCGAGCUCAAGACACCUUCCAGACUAUUGAAGGUAUGAUCCGGAGCUUGGCUGCCCACAGCCUAAACCCAGAACAAGAUGUUGGAGUAUGGGCUGGUGCCGGGAGUGACGGAGAUGGUCACCAUUCCAAUCAGCUACGCAUCACCCUACUGCUUCAGUAUCUUGAGAACCUGGAGAAACUCAUGUAUAAUGCUUAUGAGGGCUGUGCUAAUGCUCUCACAGCCCCACCUAAGGGUAUCAGGACAUUCUUCUACACUAAUCGACAGACAUGCCAAGACUGGCUCACAAGGAUCCGCCUCUCACUCAUGAGGGUUGGUCUCCUCUCUGGCCAGCCAGCAGUGACCAUUCGUCACGGCUUUGACCUUCUUGCUGAGAUUAAGAACAACAGCACCCAGGGUCCAGAAUUAGAGGUUCCUCUAACAUUAUUGGCAGAAGCUCUUUGUGAGCUACGUUGUCCUGAUGCCAUCCAAGGACUUGCUGCGUGGAGCCUCUCUAACACCGGCAAGAGUCUCAGCUGGUUGUCCUCAGUGGCUUUACAAGCAGAGGGCCGGUUUGAGAAAGCAGCUCUAGACUAUCAAGAUCAGCUCUCUGCAGUUUCAGGGAUGGACUGUAGUAUCAAAAGCUCUGACUGUUACCUACUCAAACUCUCCAGUAAUACCAACAGCCCCAAACAUACAAGCAAUGGUGAUAGCAGGAAAACUGUGCUGCUGAAGUCAAAUGAGUGCUCUCCUGAGGUGGUCAAUCUCCUGGCCAACAAAGCAUGUCAGUGCUAUGUGGCACUUUGUGAUUGGUCUUCAGUCAAGGAAUGGCAGGCCACUGUUCAUAACUUGAAACAAAACUCCACCAGUCUAGUUGGCAUCAACCUAAGGGCUGAUUUCAACUACAUUCAGGCCUUAAGCCGCUUUGAGGACGGAGAUUUGAAUGAAUGUGGUGCUCAACUGGAACUUCUGCCUGGGGAAGACUUCAGUUUGCUCUCCAGUAGCAAGAUGGAUCUAAAGAGGUUUCUGCCAUCAUUGAGUCCUGAUCCUACAGAACUUCAGAGAGCUGUUGAGGUACAGCUCCUCCGUACCGCUGUUAGUGCCCUAGCAAAAAACAGUCAGCCACCAGAGCAAAGGGCCACUGCCAAUCAAGAUACAUUAGUGCGCUCCCUGAAACAAACUGGAAGGAUCUGCCUGGCUCCUUUACGCCUGUCAACAUUGACCCUCUCCGAUGGCUUGCCCACCCUUCCUACUUUGCAGCUUCACUGCACUGUCACUCUCGAGAACACGCUUUCAGGACAAGAGGACUCUGUGAUUCCUUUAAACAGUGAGGCACUAAGCUCAUGUAAACAACAAGAUGUCCAACCUUUCAUGCAAGCCCUCAGAUACACCUUGUUUCAGAGACAACUCCUCAACAAACUCAGAGGUUCUUCUCCUACUACAGAUGCCCACCUCAUGGAGCUUUGUUUGACAACUGUAAAAUUUGCUCGAAAGAAAGGAAACAUUGCCCUGGCGUCCCGCUUGCUCAGCCAGUGUUGCGAUGGAACCCAAGACGAGGAGCAAGAUGACCAAUUGAUAAAGUCCUUCCGGCGCCUCACUGUGGAGGGCACGCUGGGAGAGAAGUGGGGGCCAGAGCUACAGAUAGAAAAAGCCAAAGUAGUGAGAACUUCAGGCCAGUCCAUGACAGCCAUGGAAAUGCUGAGCAGGGCGGCUCUGUCAUAUUGCUAUGUGGGAAAGAAUGAAGGCGCUGCCUGUCGGUCACUGCUCACACUCUGCAAAUGGCUGUUAGCUGACUGGAAGGACAUGAUACCCCAGCUUAAACAAGUUGUAAAGCUGGCAGGAGCAGCAAAUUCAUCCAAUGCUUUGAGCAGCAUGUCACCUUUGUGUCAGAACAUUUCUUCUCUGCUGGAGCUUCCUCUUGUGGAACAAAGCAUUCCCCAUAUCACCACUGAAACAUCAGUGAGUGUUGGUGUUGGGGAGCCAGACUUUGUUCUUGGCCAACUGUACCAGCUUUCCACCAGCCUCGCUCCUGAGGUAGCAAAAUCCUGGGCAGCAUUGGCUAGCUGGGCAUACCGCUGGGGUAGGAAGGUUGUUGAUAAUGCCAGCCAAGGUGAGGGGUUGCCUCUUCUAUCCGGAGAAAAGAAGGAUAUUGAGGAGCUUUUACCUCCUUCUACAAGUGAAGAAGACAAAGAAACCAUUUUUAGCAUUCUCGGUCAAGCCAUGUGUCGACCAACUGGCAUACAGGAUGAAGAUAUGGCGCUCCAGCAGGAAGAUGAUGAGGAUGACAUGGUGGAUUUAAUAUGGCGACAGCUGAUCGCUUCAUGCCCCUGGUUGGCAGAGGCUGGCCAACCAGUUGCAGAUGGGCUUAUUCGUGUUUGGAGACGUGUGGUAGACCGAAUAUUUGGGCUCUACCGAAUAUCUUGCCAAGCAUAUUUUACCUUUUUGAAGCUCAAUGCAGGCCAGGUCCCUAUUGAUGAAGACGACCCCAAACUCCUGCUUUCCUGUCAUAACAGCAAACAAAGUAAUGACGAUGUGAUUGUCAUGGCAACCCUCCGUCUUCUCCGUUUGUUGGUCAAGCAUGCUGGGGAACUGAGGGAGGGGCUUGAGCUAGGUUUAGCCUCAACGCCGACAGCACCCUGGAGAGGUAUCACUCCGCAGCUUUUUUCACGUCUCAAUCAUCCAGAAGCAUACAUACGACAAAGCAUAUGCAGCCUGCUCUGCCGAGUAGCCCAGGACUCCCCGCAUCUCAUCCUAUACCCUGCAAUCGUGGGGUCACUCUCACUUGGAGGAGAAGCUCAAAGUGCCGGGAGCAAACUGCCCUCAGCUCUGCCCACUUUUUUGGGGAGCAUCCAAGGAGAGGGCCUUGGUGAGCAAGAGGAGGAAGAGGAGCAGCCUGAGGGUGGCGACAAAGGCGACAUUUCAGAAGAACUGCCAACAUUCUGCUCCAGUCAAGACCAAGCCAUGAUGCAGGAUUGUUACAGCAAGAUAGUGGAAAAGCUGUCUUUAGCAAACCCUACCAUGGUGCUUCAGGUCCAGCAGUUGGUCGGUGAGCUGCGUAGGGUGACGUUACUCUGGGAUGAAUUGUGGUUGGGCGUGUUGCAGCAGCAACACAUGCAUGUCCUGCGUCGGAUCCAGCAAUUGGAGGAUGAGGUCAAGAGGGUUCAAAACAAUAACACACUCCGCAGGGAUGAGAAGAUAGCAAUAAUGCGUGAGAAGCACUCUGCUUUGAUGCGGCCUGUGGUAUUUGCUCUGGAACAUGUUUGUAGUAUCACAUCGGCCCCAGCAGAGACACCACAUGAGACCUGGUUCCAGCAAACCUAUGGUGAGGCCAUAAAGUCUGCCCUCGAAAGACUGCGAAACCCUCACAAUCCUGCCAACCCUGCCAGCAGCUGGCUGCCAUUCAAACAGAUUAUGUUGAGCCUGCAGCAGCGUGCUCAAAAACGAGCCAGCUAUCUCCUUCACUUGGAUGAGAUCAGUCCACACCUGGCAUCUAUGAAGGCAACAGAGAUGGCUCUGCCUGGAGUGGUGUCUGCAUCAGACACGGUCACCAUUCAGAGCAUUGGCAAAUCCAUUACUAUUCUCCCUACCAAGACUAAGCCAAAGAAGAUCUUCUUCCAGGGCUCUGAUGGACAGACCUACCCAUAUCUUUUCAAAGGUCUCGAGGAUUUACAUUUGGACGAGCGCAUUAUGCAGUUCUUAUCAAUCGUAAACACCAUGUUCACCAAGAUCAACCAACAGGAGCAGCCACGUUUUCAUGCGCGCCAUUAUUCUGUCACACCCCUUGGAACACGAUCAGGACUGAUCCAGUGGGUAGAUGGAGCCACGCCCCUCUUCGGUCUAUAUAAACGCUGGCAGCAGAGGGAGGCUGUAUUGCAAGCUCAGAAGGCUCAAGACUCGUUCCAGCAGCAACCAGUGCCUCUUGUACCGCGCCCUAGUGAGCUCUAUUACAGUCGCAUUGGACCUGCCCUGAAAGCAGUUGGGCUCAGUCUGGAUGUAACGCGGCGAGAUUGGCCCCUCAGUGUCAUGAAGGAGGUGCUUAAAGAAUUAAUGGAGGCUACACCUUCCAAUUUACUGGCUAAGGAGUUGUGGUGUUCAUGUACCACACCUAGUGAAUGGUGGCGGGUUACUCAGUCUUACGCCAGAUCCACUGCUGUCAUGUCAAUGGUGGGAUACAUAAUUGGCCUUGGUGACAGACACCUUGACAAUGUGCUCAUUGACAUGACCACUGGAGAGGUUGUACACAUUGAUUACAAUGUGUGUUUUGAAAAAGGGAAGAGUUUACGAGUCCCAGAGAAGGUACCUUUCAGGAUGACACACAAUAUUGAGAGUGCACUGGGAGUUACAGGAGUGGAAGGCAUCUUCAGGCUUUCCUGUGAACAGGUUAUCCAAAUGAUGCGCCGAGGCAGAGAGACCCUCCUGACCCUGCUGGAAGCCUUUGUUUAUGAUCCCCUGGUGGAUUGGACUGCUGGAGGGGAGGUGGGCUUUGCUGGUGCAGUGUAUGGAGGAGGGGGCCAACAGGCUGACAGCAAACAGAGCAAACGAGAGAUGGAGAGAGAAAUCACACGAUCUCUCUACUCUUCCCGCGUGGCAGAGAUAAAGGUCAACUGGUUUAAGAAUCGUGAUGAAAUGCUGGCUGUACUGCCACAAGUGGAAGAGGCUGUGGAAGAGUACUUGGUCCUCCAGGAUCUUCUCUGUCAGGGAGAAAAACUCCAGGCCAAGCUGCAAGAAGAGUUGACCUUCCUGGAAGGAGCAGAGAACCAUCCAGAGCAUCAAAUUGUCACUCUGGAGCAAAGAUACUCCGAACACACCCAGCUGCAAUCCCGACAGAGGACUGUACAAGAGGCCAUUCAAAGCAAGCUGGCUGACCUGGAUCAGUGGAUUUCCCAGUACCAAGCGGCAUUUUCCAACCUGGAGACCACACAGCUUGCUGCUCUGCUGCAGGACAUUAGUAGCCCCAUAGAUCUAGGCCCUCCUAGCUACGUGCCAGCUACAGCCUUCUUGCAGAAUGCAGGCCAGGCCCAUCUGAUUAGCCAGUGUGAGACCCUAGAGGCAGAGGUGAGCUCUUUGCUCCAGCAGCGCCGUGGAGCCCUUCGGAUUUGCUUGGAACAGCUGCAUAGCUAUGCAACAGUUGCUUUGCUGUACCCACGUACCAACCUUUUGCGCCAUCGAACCCACCAGUGGAAGGCCUGGUUAGAGGAAAUGCUGAGAGUCAUGACAGUAGAGCAAUGCCAACAUAUCUACAGACAAUAUGAGGUGCUGUUUGCCCCUCAGUCCAGUGCAACCUGCCAGUUCAUGUCCAAUUUGGAGUUGGCUCUUCAGCGCCAAGUGGCAGACACCAAUGAGCGUGUGAUGCACCAAGCUGAGCGACUAAAAGCUGAAGGCACAACUGCUGCUGCCUGUGAGGAGCAGCUGAAGGAAAUCGAGCACUGUAUUGGCGUCUUUUUGCGGGAAAAUGGAGAGUCAGGCUCGCUCAGCCUUGCUGGGAUCAUCACCUCAGCCCUUUGCUCACUCUGCAGGCGGAACCUAGUGAUGGAGAGUGCAGCAGCCAGUGCUGGAGAGCAACUGGUAGAUCUCAUGUCCCGGGAUGGAGCAUGGUUCCUAGAGGAACUUUGCAGCAUGAUUGGAAACGUCAGUGCCUUGGCAACGCUGUUGCAGCGCUGCCCUCUCCUGCCGAAUGAUCUGGAACUCCCAUCGCCCUCUGCCACGAUCCAGGCAGUUUACCUGGCCAAUUCUGUGUAUACAUGCUUGCAGGAGCUGAACACCAACUUCCGUCAGAUUAUCUUUCCCGAGGCUUUGCGCUGUAUGGUUAAAGGAGAGCCCACCCUGGAAUCCAUGUUGGCAGAGUUGGAGCAGCUUGUGGAUCAGAGCUCCAAUGGUCUUGGCUUGCAGGGCUUGGUUGACAGUCUAUUGGCCACAACAGGUCUCGAUCAUGAUGGUCACAACCAAUGUCUGGACAUCACAAGAAUGUUGCGUGCCCAGUACUCUGAGCUCAUCCAGCCUCGCUGCAUGGAUGGGACUGGUCGAGACUCACCAAAGAUGUCUGCAGGUCAAAUGCUCUUGGUGGCCUUUGAUGGAAUGUUCACUCAAUUAGAAGCUGCCUUUAGUCAGCUGACCGAAAAGCUGAGUUCCCUGGAAGUGCCAUCAGCGUGGAGGAAAGUGGAUGUCCUCAGAGAGGCACGUGUUGCGCAGCUGCACUUCUUUGACACCCUGGCUCAGCGUGAGCUGAUGGAUGAAGUUUUUUUCCUCAAGAGAUUGCAAACCAUCAGAGAGUUCUUCAGAAUUUGCUCCUGUUUUGCUCAGACACUAUCUGGGCCCCCUGCUGAUGAACUGUUGACUUCAAAUGGACCAGUUGGUUUAGGAAAACCGUUGUUCAGGCAGCCAAACGCUACUGGUUCGAGUGGGGCGAUAAUCAGUGAGGAACAAUUAACACGGCCCAUUAAGGCCUUUACGGCUGAAUUUGUUUGGCAGAUGCUCAUAGGUCUGCCCAGCCAAGCUCUUGGGUUGGCCCUCUGCAGCACCCUGUCUGCUCUUAAUUUGGAUGUCGUUGCCCAGGUUGAGGCAAAAGAUUUCGGGGCAGAGAGCAAGGUGUCUUUGGACGAACUUUGUAAGAAGGCAGCAGAGCAGAGCCUGGCAUCAGGUCGUGUGUCCCAAUUGCUGCUAAACAGAUCCACGGUGCUGGCUGCGUCUUAUGAUACAGCUUGGAAGAAAUUGGACCUUUUGCGAAGGUUGGAUGGAAACCUGGAUGCUGCAAAGGCCAGUUUGCAGAGGAUUCAACUCCAUGUUGCUAUGUUUCAGUGGCAGCAUGAGGACAUUCUGGGUCCAAAUAAUCAGACACUCAGUGUCAACAUUCCCCCUCGUGCCGUCAUCCUCAGCAAUAUGAAGAAGAAGCUGUACAAGCUAAGUCAGGAUGAGGGAGCCAUUGUCGCAAUUCAGGAGAAGCUUUCAUCACUGGAGGCCAGCAUUGAGCAGCGCCUGAAAUGGGCUGGUGGUGCAAACCCAACACUGGCACCAGUCCUUCAGGACUUUGAGAUGACCAUCAGGGAGAGACGUGCUACUGUGGCCAGAGAAAACCAGCGUGCAAGCCAGGUCACCUUCUUGUGUUCCACCAUCCUAAAUUUUGAAGGCCUUCGCACCAGAUCACAGGAGGCUCUCAACAUGGAUGCAGCCUUGUUUGAACUGUUGAAGCGCUGUCAGCAGACCUGUUCAUAUGCUGCCCAGUUUAGUAACACGGUUUCUACACUGGAGCUUGAGCUGUUGCAGAGGCUGAAUCCAGUGCUAGACCUACCAAUAGGCAGUCCUGAAUGGCUGUCGUGUGCCCACAGACAGCUGGAAGAAGAGCUGAGUACAGAGCAGAGGAUGCAGGAGGAGCGGGAGCAGCAGCUGGAAUCUUGUGCUGAAACUCAACAACUGCUUGUUGACUCCAUUAAAACUAUUUUGUCGAGCCACAACCGCCAGUUGGCGGAUGUCAAGCACCUCCUUCGAGCCAUGGCUAAGGAUGAGGAGGCGGCAUUGGCUGAUGGUGAAGAGGUAGCAUAUGAGGGCAGCGUGCGUCAUUUUUUGAUGGAGUACAAGGCAUGGCAGGACAACAUCCAAGUGGUCUUGUUCACCGUUAUUCAAGCCAGUGGGCAGCCACGUAAUCAAGAGCAACUCGAAUUGCUCGAAGAGAUCCCCGCCACUGUGAAGGAGCUCCAUUCCCAGAGUCAGAGUGUGUAUAAUGGCCUGGUGGGCUUCGCCUCCCCACUGGUGACGGACAGAGAAAAUGAAUGUGCCAGUCCUGUGUCAGCAGCACAGACAAGCUUUGCAGCAGCUGUUCGAUGCAGUGGAUUGAAGACACAGCCAGAAUCCAUGUCCCAGAAUGCACGGAAGGCCCUGCCACGUAACCUGGGAACCCCCACCGACACCCCACCCAGCACACUGAUGAACAGCAAAGGCCUUAACCCCAGCCCCAAGAGGGCUGUGCGUGACCCCAAAACAGGAAAAGCUGUCCAAGAAAGGAACUCGUAUGCUGUUAGUGUGUGGAAGAGAGUGAAAGCCAAACUGGAGGGCAGAGACAUCGAUCCAAACCGGAGGAUGAGUGUCACUGAGCAGGUGGACUUUGUCAUCAAGGACGCCACAAACAUGGACAACCUAGCCCAGCUAUACGAGGGCUGGACCGCCUGGGUGUGA